AAGCACAUGUUAAAGAGUUUAUAUCGGACGAAAAUAGCAAAUUUUCAUUUCCUAAAGAGCAUGGUCAUUCUGAUGAAGAUGCCGAGAGAUACCAAGAAAUUGCAGAGAAAGCUCAUAAACAUUUAACAUCGACUGGAGAACAUGAGGCCGAAAUUGAUCAUGAGUCGAUUCGUGACAAACAUAAGAAAAUUUAUGAAUCGGAUAAUGUAACAGAACAUUCUGAUGAAGAACUUGGUCACGCUGCAGCUUUUGAAGCAUUGAAAAAAAUGUGUAGUGGCGAAUCAUAUGAUAAAUCUGCACUUCUUUCAUUGGCAAUGAGUGAAGGCAUGAAGCUUUGGAAAAAAAAACAAGCCGCUGGUGAUGGUGAUGGCGGUGGGCAAGAGGAAAUUUUAGGAG